UUCCAGAAGCCUCAGACCAAGGAGAAACAAGGCCAAAAUCCCUCGUCAGACGUUAAUUGUCGUCGCCUCACUGUCGGGAUCUCCCUCGUCCUGCUUUGUUCUUCGGAAUACACCCGUCUCGUCCUGCUUUGUUCCUCGGAAUACACCCGUCAUUCGUUGCAGACCCUCCAGUGGACGCCGCGGAAGUCCUCUCUGGAUCACUGGAACCCCGUCUCCGUCCGUCGUUGUGGAGACGGCUCGGAUCCGCUCAUCUUGCGAUAUCAUCGAACGACCCAAACAAUCACACAGCUAUACCACACCCAGGUUCAACGGGCGGUCGAAAUGGGGUUCGGUGAUUUUGACACGAUCUGUCAGAAGGCAGCGCUGCCGCUGUGCUCCCUCGUGGGCCCGGCCUCCUCGAUAUCAGGCGCAACCGGCAUCAUUCCCAAUUGCUAUGCGCGAAACAUCGAACUGGCCAACACAAUCAUCUUCGAAGGCGCCGCGUCCUUCGUCCAUAUCAUAGCGCUGGCAAUGACAGUCAUUAUGAUCCUACACAUCAGGUCCAAGUUCACCGCGGUCGGUCGCAAGGAGAUCAUCACCUUCUUUUACAUCUAUAUGCUCCUAACAAUGUGUUCCCUGGUCAUCGAUGCCGGUGUGGUUCCGCCCAGGAGCGGCCCGUUUCCUUAUUUCGUCGCUGCGCAAAACGGUCUAACCUCCGCCCUAUGCACAAGCCUACUCGUCAACGGAUUCGUGGGAUUCCAGCUCUACGAGGACGGCACAGCGCUCUCGGUCUGGCUCCUCCGUCUAACUUCCACAGCGAUGUUCGCCAUCUCAUUCGUCAUCUCCCUCCUGACGUUCAAGUCAUGGGGCGGGCUCAGUCCCACCAACACCAUCGGCAUGUUUGUAGUACUAUACCUCCUCAACGCGAUCUGUAUAGCAGUCUACCUCAUCAUGCAACUCCUAUUGGUCAUGAACACGCUCGAAGACCGCUGGCCUCUCGGUCAUAUCGCCUUCGGCCUCCUGGUCUUCAUCUGCGGUCAGGUGCUCCUCUACGCGUUCAGUGACACCAUCUGCGAGAAUGUCCAACACUACUUGGACGGUUUGUUCUUUACGACCAUCUGUAAUCUGUUAGCGGUCAUGAUGGUUUACAAGUUCUGGGAUUACAUUACGAAGGAAGACCUCGAAUUCUCCGUCGGUAUCAAACCCAAUACAUGGGAGGUUAAGGAGUUUCUUCCGGAAGAAGAUCGUCGCGCAACAGUCUACCAGGACACAAAUUCGGAGUAUGCCGGAAGCAUGUAUCGCCGAGCGUCCGCUUAUAACAGUCACAAUUAUUAA